UCACAGGUAUGACCAGAAGGGCAAUACAGCUCGCACUUUUGUCACAGAUUUUUACAUCCACUGAAGAUAAAGAUGUUUUUAGGUCAUCUAAAACAUCUUGAAGACUUUGGGUCGGUCCAACUGCAUAAACGUCAUUCAAAUACGCUAGAAUGGUAACACUUAUGUCUUUUCACUGCCUGACAUAAGAUUGGAUGAAUGGCCGCUGCAAAAAGGGCCGGCCCCAAUGGAUCUCCAUGGUGGACACUCUGACUUGAGCAUUAUUGGUUUUAGUCACCUCAGUGACACUGCAUGGAAACAAGCAGCUCUUAAGAUCAGGUUUGGAGGACUUGGUCUAACACAGGUCAGACAAGUUUCUCAUGCAGCUUACUUAUCUUCAUGGUGUCAGACUAUGAACAAGUUGCCUAGUCGUUUCUCAUCAAUGUCUGACCUGAUCAACUAUCUGAAAGAGUCUGAAUCAGUUCCAGAAUCAAUUGGCUCUACUCUAAAGCCAGUGUUUCAGUUAUUGCCACCUUUGCCAAAAUCAGUCGACAAUGAAUCAGAGGAAAAUCAGUCCAUUGAAGAUUUCAUUUCAUACCCACGAAAGUUACAGUAUCGCCUAUGUACCAAGAUUGCCAGCAGUGAAGUUGGUGACCUGCUCGCCCGUGUCCUCUCUGAUAGAGAUGCAGCAAGGUUACAAUGUUUACAGGGAAAAGGCGCAGGAUCAUGGCUAGAAGUAAUACCGUCUUCUGGUAAGCACGCACAUAAAGCAAACAAGUUUUCCAUUGCAUCUUAUCUAAGACUGGGAUUGCCUCUGCCAUUCACUGAAUGGGCGAAUGUAUGCGAUUGUGGUCGAGUUAUAGACCCCAAGGAUACCACCUUUUGGUCUGUAAGUAUGGAGGUGGUCCUCUUUGGGCCCAUAACUCUGUUCUCCAUGGCUGGAGUGAAUGCAUGAGUGACCUACAUAUCCCACACGAGAAAGAACCAAGAAAUCUAUACGUCAACACUGAGGAUCGCCCAGACAUUACAUUCUUUGAUGCAGAAUCAGGACAAAAUCUAGUCAAGGCAUUCUAAAACGAUACAGCAUGGAGGAUGGGUUUGCUACCCGCGCAAGAGAAGAGAAGAAGACCAAUAAGUAUACAGGAGAAAUUCUACCGGGAGGGACGUCAUCAAAGUGUAUACCACUAGUGUUUAAGCACUUUGGUAGAUGGGGCCUGCAAGCUGAUGCCUUCUUGCACACUCUCUCAAAACAGUGCAGCCGUAUGGAGGAAGACCCCUUUUG